AUGGCACAACAAGAAACCCACCAGCCUCCAGAAGCUUUAACUCUUUGCUGUGGAAGAAGUUCAGAGUGACUGCAGAAGCAACCUACAAGACCAGAUAUACCUAUUCGACUCUCAAGGUGUGGAUGAUCAUGGGAGAACAACUGUUAAAGAAAAGCAUCCUUGAUCAAUUUAUUAGUAGCCACGAGCAGUCAUAUGAGGAGUUUCUAAAUACAUUCACAUAUCUUUUGAAAGAGAAAGAGGGAAAGACAGUUCAGGGAAGUAAAGUGGACUCCUUAAGCAAAAAAUGUUCUACUUCUGAAUUACCAAACAGAAAUAAACAGGAUGGCUCACCUGAAAGAAGCAAAGAAAUGUGGGUGUCAUUUCCACCACGGAUGCCAAAUGAGAAUGAGGCAGUGAUGAGUGAGAGCUCAACAGCUGGUGUCUCUGAUGGAAAUAAUCUCAGUCUGUCUGAAAAAGUGAAGGUGGACAAGUGCUUACACUUGGAAGAUGUAGACACCGAUGAGGAGACAUGCAGUGCAGGGUCAUUAGUUCUUCCAGGAGAGGUGGAAGAGACAGUGACUUGCUGUAAACCCUUCUUUGAUAGGCCUGUUCAACCGAAGUUCAGAGCCUGGUCAGUUCCCCAGCCAUCAGACAGCAAAGCCCAAGAGGAAAACAUUCAUCAAGCAGGAGGGCCAGAUGAGUGGGCUCAGAUUAGACACCGUGGAAAUCACUGCUCUCAUGAAUUAGAGGAAGAGAACCUCUGAAUAUCAGUGAUGUGCUUUUCGAGCAGAGGUGGCACAGUCUUUUACACUGAGCUUCCUGUAGUCACCAAGAAACGCUUUCCUUUCUUCAAUGCACACAGAUUUUCAAGCAGAAGCUGCACUAUUAAGAAGUAAUUUACAUAUAAAUUAAUCCAUAUUAGACCAUAUGAAUCACUCACUCCUUCACAGGAAUGAUCACCAUGCAGUUGGUCUGAUUGCCUAAGCCAACAUAUCCAUCAUAAUAAUUUGUUUUAAAUCAUUAGGUAGACACUCCCGUUAAUGGGCCUUGUGUUACAGUUCUAUUGGAGACAGGCCUAAAAAGUCCAGCUCUGAAGUUCAAGUUUCCAGUUAUUUGGCACAAUCAAGAGUGAUAUUCAAAUGUGUGAUGCUGCUUCAGACUGUGCAAACAAGGUCUGAUACACAGGAACACCAGGGAAAGUCAGGACCUGGCUGACUCCAGCACAGACUCUAGGUGAAGGUUGUGGUGCUAAAUGUUCCUCUCACACAACAUCAGUCAAUCUUCACUGCUUCCAACUUUUUAUUUAGCAACAACUGCCUCUAAUUUCUGCUAAAGAAAUGGCUCAAUUAAUGCCUUGGUGGUAGCAAUUUAAUUUUCCUGGCAUACAUUUCUUUUUUUCUGAAGUGAACCUGUUAAGUUUAAGGAGUGAAGCUGUUUUGAGAGAACAGAAAUUGCUGAGUACUAGAUCUGUGAACCUGAUAAUUCCCAAACUCACCCAGCUCCCUCUGGGAGUUGCAUGUUGGUUUCUACCACAGAAGACAGUAUUUCAGAAUUAUAAAAACCAACCAACCCUCUAAUCCAGCCCAAAACAAUCUUGACUAAUUUACUGCAGCAGGUAUGUGGAAGAUGGAUAAGAUGCAUAGAAUGAAGGAGUUGGUUUUUUUUUUAAUUUUUUUUAAUCUCUGGAGUCAAGUUAAAAUGGAAUACUGUCAUUGAAAGGUUAUCUGGUGUAACAACCUAGCCAGUAAAAGGCAGAAGGAGAAGGGUGUAUUAUUCUGUGAAUUGUUUUAUGAAGUAUCUCUGAUACUGACAAUCAGUGACCUAAAUCCUUCAACAAGAAGAGAUUUACAAGAACUUGUCUAUAGAGGCAAAGUGUUUCUACUGACUUCAGGCAGCCCUGGGAUCAGGGAUUAGCAGAAUUGCUCAUAAAUAUGGCUUACAGCUACGGAAUGCCACGAUAGGGAACCUUCAAUAGGAAACUAUGUGUAAACAUGCCUAUGUAAACAGUCUUCACAUACUGAUCAUGAAAUGGAAGGGGUUUAAUAGCUUCACAGGCCUAUGUGUCGGACUUUGUAAAGGUACUUCCCUUUAAUAGCUCACACCACUUUAUUUAUGCCCAUAGAGUUUUGCUACCAGUCAUUUUUUUUUUUUUGUUCAGGGUUAUUUGAAAGUGUCCCACUUGGAAAAUCCCAACCUGUGAGACUCCUGUAUGGAUCAAGGAUGAGUGUAAUUCUCCACCUGGCACUAUCUUCUUGAAGGGCUUCAUUUUUGUUGUUGCUGUUUCUUUCUUUUUUUUUUUUUUUUUCUUCCUUUUCUUAUAAUGAAUGAUAAGCAUUAUAAGAUGGAUCAGGUAGAAUUUAAAUAUCACAAGCUGUUAAAUACCAAACACUUCAGGAAUAUUUAAUUAGGCAGCAGUACACAGCAGGCGGUCAGGCUUACAGUGGCUAUCUCAUUCCUGGGAUGGUAUCACGCUGGAAAAGCCCAUCUGAUUACCUUUAUUAACCAUCUCAGAAUGGUAGUAAUUAACUACUGCAGAAAUUUACUGUCUAAAAAGCACAUUGUUAUCAAUGAAAUGAAUGCAAGUUUUCACAACACUGCACUUAAUGGGCAUUACUACCACACACAAAGCAGUACUGGCAUAUCAUUUCGCAGCCCAUUUGAGUUCAGGUAAUAUUAAAGCUGUUACAUAAUACAAAUUUUAAGCAGGAUUCAGCUGGAUAAGUAAGUGGAAUAUAGAUUGCUGCUACCUGUGUGGUGUUGGCAAUCUGUGACUAGCAUCCUAUGAUAAAUGAAAAUGGUGAAUCUUAAGGCUGGUCUUCAGAGACUGCGGCUACAUCCACUCUGUGAAAAUGUAUGCUGACUGCAUGACUGUACUUUGACAUUAACUGCCAAAACUGCAGCCACUGUGGAUUUGAUGUGGCUACGCAUAUCAUUACAGCAAGAAAUUAAUUCAAGGAUCAUCAUGUCGGGGCAGCUUAGUGACUGGGGCCUGGUGUACUGCCGAAAGUACUGAGCUUCCUGUCUGAGCAAGGUAAACUAUCAGACCCCUACAAUUAAUGGUCACUUUAGUCAUUGUACCCUCCAUCACCUGUUGCUGCUCCUAAUCCCAUGUGUUCAACAAGGGACAAAUUGCUUUCUAUGUAAGUAAAUCCUUGGUAGAAGCAAUGAAAGAUGCAUGCUGAUGUAUCCCAGCUGAUGAUUAAAAAUGUCAAAACCUUAAAUUGCCUUUUUUCUUUCAGCUUGAUGUGUGAUCCUUUUCACUUCUUGCCCUAAGCUGCUGGGAAUUUGUGCACCACAAACCAGCGACUACAUGUACCUCAUGGAUCAUUGCUGGGCAAAGCAACAUCUCCAUAUACUUCAUUCUGUCUUUCCAGAAUCCAUUAGUAUGCCAAGGAGUGAACUAUUCCAGCCCCCUGAGCAGCUUCAAGGAGCCAUCAUCACGUUUAAAAUCCUCUGACAGAAAAUAUGUCUUUCGUCUUCCCUUAGAAGGAAACAAUUUCCCAAGCCAUUCAUAUCGAGCCCAGGCUCAGCAAUGGCUUUCCUAAACAUAAAGUGACCUGACUUUGAAGCCCAUUGUCUAACUGCCUUGGUGGGUCAGAAAGCAGGAUUUUUCAUCCUUUUUGACAAGGAGAGAAUCGCAACUUGCUAGUACUUGCCUCUCAACUCUGGGAUGGGCAGAAACAGCAAAUGUAAUGUCAUGGUACUGGCACAGUGAAAAAAAGGAAUUUGAGAAAGGAUGUUGUGACAUAUGCCAAGACCUGUGCUGUUUGAGUCAAAAUUACAGAAACAUCCAGUUUUACUUGAUGAGUUAGAAAAUUUCUCUAAUAAUGACUUAAAAUUAUCUCACAUGUUCCUGAAAUAGCCUUUUUCUAACAAGUGUCAUGGAAUGACAGUGGGACGAAAUGGUGCAUGUUUAUAUUAUGACCAUUUCAAACCAAUGUUGAUCACCUCUUAGUGUCAUAUUUCACCAACAUGUAUUUUAUAUCAAGUUAGCAAAAUAGUAUCUUUCAGCAUUACAAGCAUUACAUUGGGACAAGAUACUGUUAUUUAAUAAUCAAUUUAGUGCAUUAGUUAUAAAAUAAAUCAGUGUCACUAUUGACACUUGCUAUUUCAUGCACACUAUUCUUGUUAAGGAUUUAACACUGGCUGACUUAUGCAGGUGAAAAAGACAAAAAGGAAAGACAGUAACUUGUGAACCAGGAGACAUUUUUAAAACAUGUUUUAAAAUUAUACUGCUAUUUUUCAACAUCUGCUUUUGGCAGCUUUCCUCCCUCAGCACAGUUACUAGUCAAGGCAUUAUUAUUGCAUAUGUUCUGAAGAUGUAGGAUUCUCUUCAAAAGGCUUUAUUUAAAAGAAAUAAAAUCUGUAAGCACACUCAAUCCCAACAGCACAGUAUAAACAUUUAACAGAAAUAAAAAACCAAAAAUCUGGGGACCAGAUGAGAAAAUGAGUUCAAAUUCAUACUCAUUUUCACUGAACAGUUUCAUCUUUGGUCUCUGUACUAUUUAUUUCUCUUAUUAUGAAGAAAAAGGUUGAGUCAAGAGAAAGUGUGAGUCCCUGCAGAGGGACUGAAUAGACAUUGCAGCACUCAAAAGUGAUUACAAAGAUACUGAUAAUAAAAAUAGCAGUGAAUAACUUGACUGAUGCUGAAUUACUACUGGAAGUAUGGCACCACCAGCUUGCCUGAUGCACAGACAGAUUUUCGUUCAGUUUCCAGAUUCCUGCAAUUAUGUUGUUGUUGUAAGCAACAAAAUAUUUCAAAUAAUGAUAGCAAUUAACAAUGAAAACAUACAUUAUGGGACUCAUGCAGUGUGCUCAAGGCAUGAGCACACACAAUCCUUCUUUCUCUUGAUACUACGGAAAUAUCUUUACAUUGUAAGAUAGCAUUUAAAGUCUCCAUAUAUUAUUUUCCUUUUGGACUUGAAAUAAGAACUUUGGAUUGACAGAGUAAAGUUGACUAAUAGGUAAAGGUGAGCCUUGAUGCAAUUUCCAAAUUUGAACUCUCAAUAUUUAAGCCUUACUGAGCACCAGGAACUUAAACAUCCUGGAGCUUUGCAGCCAGACCAACAGCAAAGGCCCGGGUAUCCCAGGUGGGAUAAGGUGGCACUGAUAUGCCAGAAGUCCAAGGCUGUGCUCCUUAGAUCACCUUCCUGCAUCUUUUAGAACUGGAUUUUACAGCAACACGAGCUUUUGUCAGGAGUUUUUUCUGGGAGGGCUGUCUCCAGUUCCAGGGUUCCCUUCUCUACCUGAGGAGGACCCACGAGGAGCACCAAGGCUGUAAGCAGUGUGGGUGGAGCACUGUGCUCUUUCUUGUUUCUUCAUAUAGCCUUACACAAGUGCAGCACUCGAUACCAAAAUAAAGUGCAAAAGCAAAGUGUCUAAAACCAAACAAGCCUGUAGGAAAUAAAAGGCAUGACCUAGGUAAAAUGAUUUCACAUUUGCAGACUGGUUGAUGAGGGACUGCGGUGAGUACUGAAACACAGACACUCAGUGAAGUGGCCAAAUCUUUGUAGUCUUGAGGUAUAACAUGGAUAAGAUAUAGAAAGGAGUUAAUAGAACAGAAUAAUGAAGAUUGUUCUAAUUCUGUUUCAUUGCUUAUGCCAACCAGAGUUAGUGACAUGUAAAAAGUGAGAAGUCUCUUUAUGCUGUUCAAAAGAGGCUUGAAAAAUUUAAAGCUGGUUUUUUCAUGAAACUCUUUCUUUCACAUUGGACAAAAACCAACAAUUUAGCUUUCUCAAAGGAUAAAUGAUUUUAGAGUCUAUUAAAAAUCAGCAAUUCAAUAGGAAACUGGCCCUUUGUGCUAAUGCAAAUUUGUUUACUCACAGUAGGUGUUUAAGUUUUUAACAUUUGUAUUUCAAACACACACUCUUAAAGUACACAAAUCAGCUUUUUUUUUUUUUUUUCCCUUUUUAUGAAACGAGAUUUUGAUUCAGAUAAGACUGUGGAUAAAUGCCCUUAGACUUGCUGUAAAGGCCACUCGCUGACUGCAGCUCCCACUGAAGUCAGUGGGAGUUUUUUUCACAGACUUCAAGAAGGCAUUAGAUCUGAUCUGAGUGAAUUAACCAUAGCAAAAGUGCUGUUAUAAAAGCAGAAUGUCAUGACACCAAUACUAUAGCUCAUAGGCACUUUUUCUACUCAGUCAGUGAAUUUAGGAGGCUAAAUACAAAGGAAGCUCUGGCUCCACAGAAACACAUUUCAAGGAAAGAUUUCAAUAUUUUAAUAUUGAACUAAUAUUUUAUUUUUUAGUUUUUAAAAGCAAAGAGAAAUAAAUACAAUGACUUAAAAGAAGUUUUCAGGGAAUAUGUGUCUCCUCAUUUGUAAGACAAUUUACAGGUGCUUGAGCUGGUGGAGGGAGGAAUGGGGGACAGAGGCCGGGAGGAAUUGCUAGAAUAACUGGAAAUGAGGAGGUGGCCAAAGUCAUAGCAGCUGAGGCUCUGGAGAACUCGGAUGCAGAUGGGGAUGUGCAUUUACAGGAACUCCCAUGGCUUGAUGCCAAGCUUAGAACUGAAUCGUCUCCUUCCUGGAAAAGCUGCCUUGAGCUGAAGGCGCUCCCCCAGCUGGGGUCAAGAGGGCCAAGAGAACACAGGUUAUGCAAGUAUUUAGAAAAUUUUAACUGCAGGGAAUUUGUGUCAGCCUUUUUCAGGUCAUUGCCCUUCCAGUUUCUGCAGGAGUCCCAGGCAUCUGUAGCUAGAAAGAGAUUUUUUUUUUCCUUAAUCUAAGUCUCCAUGGUGCAGUAACAUUUAAUCUGACAGCAGGAUGUAGGGGUUGUUGACAUGCUUAAGCCAGUUUUUGUGAUACCCUGUGAACUGAAGAUAUCAUCCAGAAAGGUUUUUAACCCCACAAAGAUUGUCUAUUUCUAAUUAUUUGUUAUCUUUGCUGUUAUAGAAUUUUCCUGUCUUACAUUUAGGACAUUGCUUCUUUUGCAGCCAUCUUGUGAUAACAUUAAUAAUCCCCUUUUUUCAUUUGUAUUAUCUCCUUGGAAAUAUUUAUAGACUAUGUUCAUAUUCCCCUGAUUCCUUCUUUCUGCAGAGAGAAUUAAUUUUGUUUCCUCAGUCAUUCUGUCUAUUAUAUGUUAGACCAUAAUCCUUUCCCAGUGUCAUUUUCUUGCCCUUCUAUGCAUUGUCUCUACUUCUACAAUAUCAUUUUUAAUCAUGGACAAGAGAACUACAUAAAACUUCUUAAAUAUAAUUGAAUACAUGUUAUCUGCUCUUUCAGCUGCUCGACUGAACAAGGUGUAAGGCCAAGAUGAUACUUUCAACCUCCUUGUCAUGCCAGAACAUUCAUGCUAAACUGCACUUAGUUUAUUUCAGUCUCAAAAUACUAUGGAGAAGAGAGUUUCAGCCACAAAGCAUUAAUGUUUCCAACAGGUGAAAAAGGAGGGGCAGAAGGAAUGAAAUUUAAUCAGUUUUUAUAAUUUUACUUGUAAAACCAGAGGCAGAAACAGCCAUCAUCAAUACUUUUACUAAACAUUUUUCAAGGCAUAUUGGAACAACACCUCAAGAGGUUUUCAACUUUUAAUUGCCCUUUAAUUGCCCUGGUAGGCGUCCAGCUAUUGUCCUAUAAUUUAACACCACAUCCAGCAGUAUAGGUUUCAUUGAGAGAGAUGUUCUAUAGAGACAUAUUUGUUCAGUUUAGAUUAGAAAAAAAAUAUUAAGACUACAAUCUAUUCUUUUGAUUCAUAUAUCUGUUAAUUUGUUCCUGUAAUAGUACCACAUCUACCAGCCUCAUUAACCAUAAUAGACCUUUAAGCUCCUGGUGGGUUAUAGGUUUCUGAAGUGUUACAAAGUAAUUCUUGUCACUAUAAUUUAAACAUGAUGUUGUUGUUAUUACUGAAUCUAUUUUAUGAACCUUUUUUCAUAACCAGAUAUAUGCAGAAAUGCUUGGUUGUAUAUCGCUCUUGGCUGCAAUGGUAAAAAAAAGUCUGGGUAAUUACAGCUGACAAAUGUUGGGUACUGAGCUCUUGAAUACCUACAGCAACCUUCUGCCCCAGCACACCUCACCGUGAAAGUGCUGCAGUAUAAUGCUAAUGAAGAAUAUAACCUACCUGGCUCUGAAAACGAGCCCAAACUGUGAUCAUUAUGCAUGAAGGUACUCACACUCACUGUCAGGAGCUUUGCCAAUGCACCUUUUUGAUGUGAUCGAAUGACAGAACAACCCAAGGCAUUGUUGAAUCCUACACUCAGAUCCUGUAGAAUUUUGUCUGUAGAAAAUAAUGCUGCUCUAGUCAUUCAUCAAUAGUAGACACAAGAAAAUGCAUCUUGUAUUCCAUGAAAGGAGAUUCCAGUCCAGCCCUAGAUCAAGACAUUUCUUGUAUUCUGCAUUAUAUUUUAUCAGUGAAGGGUAGCAAGCAAAAUAAUGCAUCUUGCUUUUAUAGAAUUAUUUCUUCAUCUCAUGGAACCAUAUUUUGUAAUUACCCAGCAUUCCUUUAAAGACCUUACAGGCUUUGUCAGCAUCAGCUAGUGCAACCAAACAACCUCAGUGUUUGUCAAGUACAUUCACAGUUGCUAUUAUAUACCCUAAAUGCAGUCAUUUGUCAGCUACUCAUUAGUGCAAACAUCUGUGGUGGUGAGAUGAUUGUUGGAGAGCCAAUCGCUAAUAUUCAGGAUCAAGCUCCUCUCAGAAGAAGUUUAAACACCCAUAUCAGCUGGCAUUUCAAGUCAGACUGGGUGAAAUUGGACACAAGAGAUGUAACUAAAUUGAAAUUCAAGAGCUGAUCAUCUUCAGUGCUCAAGAAAGGAUCCACAUUACAGAGCUGCACUCUGUUUAGGUGAAACCGGGAUAAACAAAGUGAGCAAGUAGUUAUAGCAAGCCCUGCCUAUGUCCCUGCAGAUGGAUGGUCAAAACCACUGGACAAACAUACUUUGCACUUCAUGGGAAAAUAAAUACUAGGCCACUGAUUGCUGGAAGGGAAGAUCCUUUUUGCUGAAGUACACUGAAGAAUGUGUAACUCAUGGAUUAGCUAAAGGACACAUUCACUGGAAAAGCAUAGGAUAUAGGAGAACUAAUUCAGUCUGGUCCUGCCCACUAUUUUUUGCCUAGAAUUUAGGUUAUCCUACAAGGUUGGGUUUUCCAAGCCUGUGUUAUCAUAGUUCUGUCUGACAAUCCUGUGAAGUUCUUAUUUGCCUUUAGAUUUUUUCCAAUAAAGUUCUCUACUUUUGUUUCUGGGAUUAAUUUGUCCUUUGCUUUUCUCUAACACUGGUAAGCAACAGAUGAUAAAGGAAUGUAUAAAACCCAAUACUACUGGUCAU